CUUACCAGUUCAACUGAUACAGCAUUGCUGCAAUGUGUUCAGAACGUUUCACGCCUGAUAUAUAUUGGGAAGUAUGAUAUAUAUUGGGAAGUAUAUUGGGAAGUAUGAUCACCAAACUCUCUGCAAUCGCCACUUGAUUUUAAACCCUAAGACUUCACAUUCUCUGUAUUAUUUGGGAAAGACUGUGUGUUCAGUUGGCUGCCUGCCCAACCCUUCUGGUGGGAAAGUCACCUAUGAAACAAAAAUCUGGUUCUGACAGGUUCUGGGUGACACAAACACGCAGGAUCUGUGUGGUGCUGCUACUGAAGCAACCCAACCCACAACAUAAAUCAGUGAGCCCUUGUUGCACAGCAGUCAGUAAGUCCUCUCCAGGUGCAUUUGUCAACCAUUGAUUUGCAGACAGAGGUCUGAGGUCUUCUGCUGCCACCAGUGAUUUUUCAAAAUGCCAACCCUCCUUUCUUGCAAGAGAUGCACCAAUGAUGGUGAAGAGGAGAUGCUGCUAGCCGAAGAUCGGCCAGAUUUGAUUGAGUCUCUUGAUCCCAGAUGCAACAGCAGCAACAGCAGCAGAAGCUGCUCAGGAAGGGCGAACUUCCUCCAAGAGAAAGAAAGGGAACGCCUAUCUGUCCACGAGAGUCUGGAUUAUUUGCCUUCCCACAGCAGCGUUUACAAGAAGUGGCUGCAGGGACAAAACUACAGAAUGGACUGGGAUCGAUGGUUGGUGAUGGGCAUCAUUGGAAUAAUAGUAGGAACAGUGGGUUUCCUGAUCCAUCAAAUAAUUGAUUAUCUCAUCAAACUGAAAUGGGAACUGGUGAAGAACUACAUUCAGGAUGGCAACUUUCAUAUGACCUGGGUAUACAUACUUGGAAUUGGACUGGCUAUGAUCAUUGUAUCCUCAGGAUUGGUUGUGUUCUUUUGUCCAGCAGGUGCACCAAGUGGAUUACCAGAAGUCAUAGGUUUUCUGAACGGAGCUUCUAUUCAGCACAUUUUUAAUAUCAGAACUUUUGGGGGAACUUUUGUCUCUUGUGUUCUGGCUGUGGCAUCUGGGCUCUUCUGUGGACCAGAAGGUCCCAUGAUUCACUUGGGUGCAAUAAUAGGAUAUGGAUUGAGCCAGUCCAAGCUAAAGAUCCUUGGAAUGAAUCUCCCCUCCUUCACCAGAUUUUGGAACUCAGCUGACAAGAGGAAUUUUGUUACAGCUGGUGCUGGAGCAGGGAUUGCCUCUGUGUUCCAUGCUCCAGUGGGUGGACUUCUAUUCACACUGGAGGAGGUGGCGUCUUUCUGGGAUAUCAAACUGGCCUGGCAAACGUUCUUCUGCUGUAUGACGGCUGCCUUCACCACAGAUCUCAUCUCCUCUUCUCUCUGUGGGUUUGUCUACAGGGGCCAAGUUGGAUUUUUCAAAGCAGAGAUGAGGAUUUUAUUUUGGGUUAAGAACUUACUGGACAUGAGUGUGUUGGCCUUCAUUCCAGCCAUUUUCCUUGGAGUACUUGGAGGACUUUUAGGAGCUCUUUUUGUUUUUCUGAAUAUAAGAAUUAAUAGAUUACGCAUGUGGUUCUUCAACACAAUUCCAAAAACUUCCCUCAGAAAAACAGCUAAGCUCUUAGAAUCAGUGCUGGUUCUUGUUUUGACCAUUACUGCUACGGUCUACUUGCCAUAUUUCUUUCACUGUACUCCAGUCAAGAACCUGCCAGAAUUUGAACCAUCUAUUAAGCCAGAGAAUAUAAGCCAGUCUACGUGGCACAUUUCAGAAUAUAACUGUCCCCAGGGAACAAUCGAGACAGGACCAGAUGGAGCAAAAUAUUCCAACCAAACCUUUAAUGAAGCUGCUGCUCUCUUGGCUGAGAAUGGGAUGAGAGGAAUCACGUACUUAUUCAGACGUGGAACUCACGAGGAAUUUGGAUAUGCCUCUCUUUUUACGGCACUUGUAUUCUACUUCUUGCUUUCCUGCUUGACAGCAGGCUCUGCCAUUGCAAGUGGUUUGGUUAUACCUAUGCUGUACACAGGUGCAUUAUAUGGCAGGAUAGUUGGCUUGAUACUGGUUUCCAUUUUGGGGGUUCAGACUGAUGAACGCAGUGCAUGGAUUGAUCCAGGGUUGUUUGCCGCAGUUGGAGCUGCUUCUUUCUUCAGUGGUGUUUCAAGGCUGACCAUCUCCCUAACGGUUAUAAUGGUAGAGAUCACAAAUGAUGUACAGUCCUUGCUACUCAUCAUGCUGGCAGUCAUGCUAGCCAAAAUGGUUGGUGACUGGUUUACCAUGUCUCUAUACAGUUCUUUACUGAAGCUGAAAUCCAUUCCCUACUUAGAUGCUGAGCCAUUUGUUUGCCAUAGGAAAAAAUGGUUAAACCUGGAAUUGUUUGCUGCCAGAGAUGUCAUGAAGCUUCACGUCAGGGUUCUCCAUGUAAGAGAAAACAUUGCUUUCUUGGCUCAACUCCUUGCCAACACCAGCCAUAGCGGAUUCCCAGUGGUUUACAAAUCUAAGCCAGAUCAGGCAGAGGUGUUCCUGGGAACAAUUACGAGGCUUGAACUCUGUGUGCUAUUGGAAAACGAAGCCGUCUUUGAAAAGGAGACUACAGAAGACUCUGAAUCUUGUACACCUCUUCUUUCCUAUCAGAAGAUCAGAGUUGAAAAACCGCCUAAUCAGCAACAGAUGACCAUGUUGUUGGGUCGCUACACUACGGACCCUCAGUAUCAGCAACGCUUCAUCAAUCUGGAACCCUACAUAAACAAAUCAGCAGUGUCGGUUCAAGCCCAUUUCUCACUGCAACGCACAUACAUCAUAUUUCGGUCUCUGGGCCUUCGGCACCUGACAGUUGUUGAUUUGCAGAACCAGGUUGUUGGGAUAAUCACCAGAAAAGAUCUGAUAUCUUUCCAGCUGGAAGAGAAGCUGGGACUCCAGCAGUCGUCGAAUCAGCUUCACUCUGAUGAUGAGCUUUUAGACUAGGAAGCAAUCUGAACAGGGAAUGCUCAGUUUAAUUUCAUAAUGAACAAGUAUGUAUGUUCUUCUUUGAAUUUGGAUGUGUGUGUAUUAGUGUAUCCUCUGCAUAUCAAAUAGAUAAGCCUUGCCUAAUUCUCCCAGUUACCAAAUCAAAAAAUAGGGACAAAUAGAUUUGCGUUCAUAACAAUUGUGAUCUCAUUCCCAACUCACACAGUUCUUUCUCAUUCCAAUCUCAGAUGGGAUAUAAUAAUAGCAUAUAAGGUGCAAACAGCAAUCAUUAUUAUUGAUUUAUGUAUUGACUGUUUUAUUGCUUUAUUUUGUGGAAAUUUUUAUAUUGCAAUGUUAACAUCUUGUGUAAAUCACAUAGGGAUGAUGUGUCUUAAAUGGUAUAAACCAUCGUUAAUAAUUAAGUAUUUCUACCUAAAAUCAUAAUAAGUGUGCUAUUUCUUCCUUACAAGAUGCA